AGUGUAAGCAACAGAACAAUGCCAUUUGCAGUUUAGGCUUUGUGUUGUACACGUAGUGAUCGUAGUGUUUUUUUGUUAGCAGGAUAAUAAUUGUUAAGUACGCAGCAUAACCAGUUCCGAAUUGCGGAGCAAUAUGGAACCUGUGUCGAUUUACACUGUGGAUACUUGCAAACCAAGUGUCACAAGUGUACCAAAUGAUUCCAAGGCUAAAAGUUAUACUUUUGAUGAGGUGAUAGACUUCAUAGGAUUUGGACGAACCACAGUGCAUAUAUUCCUAGCGUCAUCUAUUGUGAUGAUGGCUGUGCUGAACGAAACUAUGGGUAUUUCGAUAGUUAUUCCGGCUGCCCAAUGCGAUCUUAAUCUCUCAUCCACAGAUAAGGGAAUACUAACAGGAGUGAGUUUUGCAGGUAUCAUCGUAUCGUCUCACUUCUGGGGUUAUAUAGCUGACACGAAAGGUCGUCGAAGCACCCUCAUCGUGUCACUAUUGUUAACCGCUACCUGUGCGCUAGUGUCGGGUUUUUCCAUCAAUUUUACUAUGAUGGCAGUUAUGCGUUUCUUGGUCGGAGUGUUUGUUUCUGCACCAUCGGCCACCAUAUUCGCGUACUUGGGCGAGUUUUUUAAAACGACGAAACGAACCAUUGUGAUCACAUAUGCUAGCGUAGCCGUAGGACUUUCGGGUGUCUUCACUGCAACCACUGGAUGGUACGUUCUCUCGUUCGAUUGGGAGGUCCUUUUGCCAGGAGUAGCGUUUACUUUAAGACCGUGGCGGUUGCUGUUUAUCGUGUAUACGCUCCCUACACUGAUUGGAGCAUGUUGGCUUAUAUUUUUGCCGGAAAGUCCGAAAUUCUAUCUUUCACGAGAUAGACAAUCCGAGGCAUUCGCCAUUCUCCAACGUCUGUAUUUGGAGAAUCACCCAAACGCGACAGUUGAUGAUUUCUGCAUAAAACAUAUCGUACCUGAAGCCGGUCAAAAAAUACGCAGCAAAGAUUCCCGCUCGGCUACAGGCUGCUGGCAUGUAGCUAGAAGUAUGUGGAAUCAAACUGUUCCACUAUUUCAAAAGUCAAACGUCGUCAAUUUCACUAUAUGCUGCGUGGUACAGUUUGGAUUGUUUGUCGUAUCGGCCGGCAUGGGACUGUGGUUUCCGGAUAUUGUGAAUCGAAUAACCACCUCAAAUACCACGGAUACAACGGUUUGUGAUGCACUGAGCACGACCUUGAUCUAUAGCAACGCGACAGAGGAUCGCCUAGAGUCUACAAGCAUUAGCCCGGUCUGCAACGAUAACGUUAACGAACGAGUCUUCAUAUAUGCCAUGACGCUGGGUGGUUUGUAUACUGUGCUCUACCUGGUGAUGUCGGCUCUAAUGCAAAAGCUUGGCCGCAAAAGUGUGGUAGGAUUCAACCUGUUCUUCUCGGGAUUUUCCGGAAUCAUUCUGCAGUUUGUGAGCAAUCCAUACAUUACGGUGGCGCUGUUUUGCUUUUUUCUGGUUUUUGCUGGAACCUCGAUUUCAAUCUUGAAUGGUGCCACUGUGUCAUUCUUUCCAACAAAUGUACGAGCUAUGGCUGUCUGCUUAAGCCUCAUGAUGGGCCGAUUGGGUAGUGUUUUCGGAAGUAAUCUCGUCGGACUUAUCAUGGAACAGAAUUGUACGCUCACAUUCUUUCUCUUCGCCAGUGGAUCUCUCGUCUGUGCUGUUUUGACAUUAAUUUUACCUAGUUAGUAUCGGAUUUCAGUAUCUCCACCUGCCAGUGUAUUUGAAACUCUUGAUUUGAAAUAAAUGAUAUUUGAGAAAAGCA